AGGAGAUGUUGUUGGUUGGGGGGGAAUUGCGAGUCAGUCAGUCAACAGAGCCAAGAGUGUGAGGUGCGUGCGCUCUUGCGCUCUCCAUUUUCUUCCAGCCCGCUCGACGUGUAUGUGUGUGUCUAUGUGACUCAGUGUGUGUGCGUGCCUGUGUGUGUGUGUUGGUUGGUUGGUUAUCGCUUCCGUCGUUGUUGCUGUUGUGUGUACAUGUCGAUUAGCUUCGCCAUGACGAUGACAUCACCCGUCGAGUUGGCCGGCAAGUCGGGAUGGUUCGGCUCUUUACGGCGCAAUCGACUCCCAACUACUCCGGACAAGUUGACAAAGUCGAAUACCAUCGACAAAAAUGGAACUCUGACGAAUAUGACGGGCGCUAAAUCCUUGUCCAGCUUGCACAAACUCAGUGUCAACCAUCAUUCCACCACGGUGUUGAACGAGCGGCUGGACGUGUCGUCGUCGUCGCCCAGGUCCAAGCCGAGGUGGCGGCUGGUCACAAUUUUGGGCGGCGGUCGAUCCAAGAAAAGCGACUCGUCCGUCGACAUUUCCGACCGGAACUGCGACUCGACAGUGACGGAUCCGUCUAGACGUCCAGCAGCCGUCACAGUUGCACUUCCGAGUGUCAAGGAGCAACUGGGUGACGACGACCGGAAUCUCUCGCAAUUCUGCACUCUGCCCCGGAAGCGCUCGCCGCAGAACCACCUCCCGGAUUGUGGGGAAAACAACAGCGGCAAUGGCAACGGCGGCGGAUCGUCCAGUCGGGUGUUGCCUCCGCUGUCGGCUUCGACGAGCCGAUCGCGAGCCCACACGAGCAGCACGGCCUCGCUGGAUCGACGUAAAAAGCGAUCCACCGUCUGGUACACGAUUUCCGAGAGCGAAGUCUACGGUGGUGGCGGAAGGAGCAGACAACUCAAAGAUGAGAUCGCCGAAGUCACGGCCGAGAUGGAGAGUCUGGACAAUACGGGCGAAGACAGUAAAAAUGCAGCCCGGGCUAAGCAGCUCUCGCUCGGAAGGAAGAAGUUCAACAUGGACCCGAAAAAGGGCAUUGAAUUCUUGUUGCAACAGGGACUCUUGCAGAACACGCCUCAAGACAUUGCCGCUUUCCUCUACAGGGGCGAAGGACUAAGUAAGACGGCCAUUGGUGAUUAUCUUGGCGAGAAAAGCCCCUUCCACGAGCAAGUCUUGAAAGCUUUCGUCGAUCUGCAUGACUUUACAGAUCUCAUCAUCGUGCAGGCAUUAAGGCAAUUCCUGUGGAGUUUCAGGCUGCCUGGAGAAGCCCAGAAGAUUGACAGAAUGAUGGAGACCUUCGCUCAGCGUUACUGUCAGCUCAACCCAAACAUUUUCUCCAAUCCAGAUACCUGCUACGUCUUGUCGUUUUCCGUCAUCAUUCUCAACACGAGCCUGCACAAUCCCAGCGUCAAGGAGAAGCCCACCCUGGACAAAUUCAUCGCCAUGAAUCGUGGCAUCAACGACGGCAAAGAUAUUCCGAGAGACAUUCAAGAGAGUAUCUACGAUAGUAUCAAGGCUGAGCCUUUCAAAAUACCCGAGGACGACGGCAACGACCUGAUGCACACAUUCUUCAACCCGGACCGUGAAGGAUGGCUAUGGAAACAAGGUGGCCGCUACAAAUCGUGGAAGAGACGCUGGUUCAUUCUGAACGACAACUGCUUAUACUACUUCGAGUACACCACCGACAAAGAGCCCAGGGGCAUUAUUCCGCUAGAAAACAUUCAGGUCCGUGAAGUGCCGGAUAGGAACAAGCCCAACUGUUUCGAACUCUACGCCACGGGUGGCAACGACUUCAUCAAAGCCUGCAAAACGGAUUCCGAGGGGAAAGUGGUCGAGGGCAAGCACACUGUUUACAGAAUGUCCGCCGCCGAACAAGCUGAAAAAGACGAAUGGAUCGCUUGCAUUAGGCAAAGCAUAAGCCACAACCCGUUCUACGACAUGCUAGCGGCCAGGAAGAAGAAAGCUCAGAAAUCUGGUCAUCGAACCAAACCCUGAGAUUUUUGUUUCUCUCUCCUCCCCUCCACCAGAAAAUUUAGUUUCAAUCAAGAAUCAACAACGGGAGUGAAAGUGGGGAUUCACACCCCACUUUUAUUUAUCAUGACUGAACAAGAGAAGGCUUCUACACCAACUUCCUCUCUUAAAAUAAACCCCCCCGCCCCGCCCCCCAUUCCAAGUGUAAUCGUCAUUCAAAUGAUUUUGACGUUUCAAUGUAAUUUUUGUUCUUUCAUCAAUUUCUCUCUUUUCUCUCUCCUUGUCUCUUACCAUGAUCGUAUAAAAAACACAUUUGAUCUUGAUUUUGUUUUCCUGCCAGAGAAUAUUUUAAAAAAGACAUAGAAGUAAGAAAAAAGAAAAAGUUUUUUUUUUUUUUUUAUUAUUAUUUUUUGGUGAAAUGUAUUUUUUUUUUCUUACCCAUUACUUAAAAAAAAAAGACAAAAAAUUUCUUUUUUUGUGUGUGCACGAUUUACUUAAUCUCAAAAAAAUCCAUUUUCUCCCCCCCACCCCCAACCAUUGAUCGGCCAUGUUUUUUCGGUGCGCGCGUACAUAUUACACACGUCGAUUUUUUUGUA